GAGGCAAUGAAGGCGCGGAGUGGCCGUCCAAAAACAGGCAACAGAACAGAGUCAAGAGAGAGAAAGUAGAGAGAGAGAGAGAGAGAGAGCUCUCAUUACUCUGUCUUCCCCCAUUUCUUUUUCUUCUUCUUCAUCAUCAUCUUCAUCAAUCUGUCUCUGUGUCUCUCAACCGAAGUCGCGUCUCGUUUAGCUGGAUUCCCCUGAUUUCUAGGGCUCCAAACAGGGAAACAUUUCUCGAGAAAACAGGCAAAAUCUUGAUUUCGCUGAACUCUUUUUGAAAAAUAUUUUUCCACGGAAAUUCAAUUCAAGCUGCCCCCAUUACACCCCGGAAAAAUCUGGGCAUUUGCUUUUCUUUCCCCCUUCUCGUCAAGUGUGGCAAUUACAGAUGGACAGAUAGAUCAGUGGCGCGGAGGAUUUUAGCAGGAGAACGACUAAGUUGACGGGCAGAUCUCGGCACCCUUUUAGUCCUUCAUUUGACCCGGAUCCGCCAUUCCGAUUGUGAUCCAGCUUUUGGCUCUCUUUUUGGGUAGUGAUAAUCGUGAAGGGGUGAUCUUGAUUGUUUUUGUGGGUCUGCGUCAGUUCGAGGAGAUUGAGGUUGCUUUUCUUGAUGUUUUGUUUCUGGGGUUGAGAGAUCUGGUGGUUCCUGGCGGAUGAGAAAGGAGGGAGGAGGGAAGGUGUUGAAGUGGUGAUUGAGACAUUUCUUCAAUCACAAUGAAAUGGGUAUCGUUGCUUAAGGACAUCAAGGAGAAGGUAGGGUUUACUCAAUCUCCGACUUCCACUGCCUCGUCUUCUUCCCCGAGCUCUGCUGGCCGCUAUGAUCCCAAUCUCCCUCCCAUUCGCCAUGACUUUGCUCCAUCUCCUUCAAGAGACAAAUAUGAGCUGGAAUUGGACUUUAAGAGAUUCUGGGAGGAGUUCCGUUCAUCCAGCUCGGAAAAGGAGAAAGAAGCGGCCUUGAAUUUGACUGUAGAUGCUUUUUGUAGAUUAGUGAAGCAGCAGUCAAAUGUAGCUCAGUUAGUUACCAUGUUAGUUGAGACACAUAUCUUCUCUUUUGUUGUGGGUAGAGCAUUUGUUACAGAUAUUGAAAAGUUGAAGAUCAGUAGCAAAACUAGAUCAUUGGAUGUAGAGCAUGUACUAAAGUUUUUUUCAGAAGUCACACAGGAUGGUUUGAGUCCUGGUGCGAAUUUAUUAACUGCUGUGGAAAUACUUGUAUCAGGGCCAAUUGAUAAGCAGUCACUCCUUGAUUCUGGGAUACUUUGUUGUCUCAUUCAUAUUCUCAAUGCCCUCCUGAUUCCAUAUGAAGCUGUUGAGCCUGAGAAGGUGAUCAGUGGGGAAGGACCAUCAUUGGUUGAAAAGGACCUCGAUAAGGAUCUUACACGAGUGCGACGGCUAGAGGUAGAGGGAAGUGUCGUGCACAUUAUGAAAGCACUUUCAAGCCAUCCUUCAGCUGCUUUGAGUUUGAUCGAGGAUGAUUCAUUACAGCUGUUAUUUCAAAUGGUUGCAAAUGGGUCCACAACAGUAUUAUCCCAGUAUAAGGAUGGUCUUGUCCUUCACCGUUUACAGCUUCAUAGACAUGCCAUGCAGAUACUGGGCCUCUUGCUAGUCAAUGAUAAUGGGAGCACAGCUAGAUAUAUUCGAAAGCAUCACCUGGUAAAAGUUCUUUUGAUGGCUGUUAAAGAUUUCAACCCUGAUACCGGCGAUUCUGCCUACACUAUGGGCAUUGUGGACUUGUUACUUGAGUGUGUGGAACUUUCCUACAGACCAGAGGCUGGUGGAGUUAGGCUAAGAGAUGAUAUUCGCAAUGCUCAUGGUUACCCGUUCCUCGCUCAGUUUGCAUUGAUUCUCUCUUCGAUGCAAAAAAGUCAGGGAAUUCAGACUACUCCUGCAAAGUCAACUUCUGACCAGGAUAAUGAUACAGAUGAUUCCCAUGCUCUGAGUGGUACAGAAAGACCUGAUAUGCCCAUGAAAAAGGACUCCUCGACACAACAUCUUUCCCCGGCUUUAUCGAGAUUACUCGAUGUUCUAGUCAAUCUUGCUCAGACUGGCCCUAGUGAUUCAGCAACAUCUGGUGGCAAGGGAUCAAAAUCUUCUCAUUCUAGGACCACUGGGCACAAUAGGAGUCGAACUUCUUCCAUUGAUCGAAUUGUGGAUGAACUAUGGGAGAAGGAAAACAACAAAGUGAAAGACCUUGAAGCGAUUCAAGUUUUGCUCGAGAUCUUCCUGAAGGCGGGCAACAGGGAAUUGCAGGAAGAAGUACUGAACAGAAUGUUUAAAAUCUUCUCUAGCCAUAUUGAGAACUACAAGAUAUGCCAACAGCUGCGGACAGUUCCUCUCUUUAUCCAGAAUAUGGCAGGAUUUCCUCAAUCUUUCCAAGAGAUUAUCUUGAAAAUUCUUGAGUAUGCUGUAACAGUUGUAAACUGUGUCCCCGAGCAGGAGUUGCUUUCUUUGAGCUGCUUAUUACAGCAAUCAAUGACAUCUGAUCUAAAGCAGACAAUACUUUCUUUCUUUGUCAAAUUGUUGUCCUUUGACCAACAAUACAAGAAAGUGUUGAGGGAAGUUGGCGUACUAGCAGGAUUAUUAGAUGACCUGAAGCAGCACAGGUUCCUUCUGGGUUCUGAGCCACAGACUGGAAACCAGAAUCAGUUGGAGAGGAAGAUAAGCUCAAGUAGCUUCAACAAACAUUUGGAUGGUAAGGAUGUGAUAAUCUCGUCGCCGAAGCUACUGGAAUCGGGUUCAGGGAGGCUUUCUAUUUUCGAGGUUGAGGCUACAAUUGAUCUGGCAUGGGACUGUCUUGUUUCUCUGUUAAAGAAGGCCGAAAGUAAUCAAGCAGCAUUCCGCUCGGCUGAUGGAGUGCCCACAAUUCUUCCGUUUCUUGCAUCUACUACUCAUCGUCAGGGGGCCCUUAGAAUAUUAUCAUGCUUGAUCAUUGAAGAUAUCUCACAGGCCCAUUCUGAUGAGCUCAGUGCAAUUGUUGAAGUUCUGAAGAGUGGAAUGGUCACAAGUGUCUCUGGAAGCCAGUACAAGCUGGGAAGUGAUGCUAAAUGUGACACCAUGGGCACUUUAUGGCGAAUUUUCGGAGCAAAUAAUUCUGUGCAGAAGGUUUUUGGCGAAGCGACUGGCUUUUCUCUUCUCCUAACAGUUCUUCAUGAUUUUCAGAGUGAAGAAGCGGACAUGGACCAGUCCUCUGUUGAGGCUAACAUGAAGGUUUUCACAUACUUGCUUCGUCUCGUGACUGCUGGGGUGUGCGAUAAUACUGCUAAUCGGAUAAAAUUGCACUUGAUUAUAUCUUCCCAAACUUUCUAUGAACUUCUUGCUGAGUCAGGGUUGCUCUCUGUUGACUGUGAAAAGCAAGUCAUACAGCUAUUGCUUGAACUUGCAUUAGAAAUCGUGUUGCCUCCAUUCUUCUCAGCAGACAGUUCUAUAUUAUCUGAUUCAAAUGGAAGUGAGCAAGAUACUUUUCUCUUGGUUACUCCUUCUGGUUCUUGUAACCUAGAUAAAAGGAGGGUUUAUAAUGCUGGUGCAGUUAGGGUCCUUAUCCGCUCUCUCUUGCUGUUUACCCCGAGAGUGCAGUUGGAAGUGUUGAACUUACUUGAAAAGCUUGCUCGUGCUGGAUCCUUCAAUCAAGAGAAUCUAACUUCCGUAGGUUGUGUUGAACUCUUGUUGGAAACGAUUCAUCCCUUUAUCGGCGGUUCAUCUCCAUUACUAUCCUAUGCUCUGAAGAUUGUGGAAGUUCUUGGAGCGUACAGGUUAUCUGCAUCUGAGCUCCGGGUCCUUAUUCGCUAUAUCUUUCAGAUGAGGCUUACAAACUCGGGUCAUAUUCUAGUUGACAUGAUGGAAAGAUUGAUUUUGAUGGAAGAUAUGGCUUCAGAGAAUGUGUCUCUAGCUCCAUUUAUGGAGAUGGACAUGAGAAAAGUUGGGCAUGCAUCUAUUCAGGUAUCUCUGGGAGAGAGAUCGUGGCCUCCUGCUGCUGGUUAUUCAUUUGUCUGCUGGUUUCAGUUCCAAAACUUUCUGAAGUCACCCAUGAAUGAGGCAGGGGAGCCCUCCAAGGGUGGUCCAAUCAAGAGACUAAAUGGGUCAGGGGUCCGGCAGAACGAGCAGCAGAUAUUUCGGAUAUUCUCUGUAGGAUCUGCAAGCACUGAGAACACCUUCUAUGCAGAGCUCUACCUUCAGGAUGAUGGACUCCUAACCUUGUCAACAAGCAACUCUAGUUCUUUGUCCUUUUCUGGUUUGGAACUGGAAGAGGGAAGGUGGCACCACCUUGCAGUUGUGCAUAGCAAGCCCAACGCUCUCGCUGGUCUUUUUCAGGCUAGCUUUGCCUGCGUGUAUCUCAAUGGAAAGCUCAGACAUACAGGAAAAUUGGGAUACUCUCCAUCUCCAGCUGGGAAACCCUUGCAGGUCACGAUUGGCACACCAGCGAGCCACUCGAAGGUCUCUGAUUUGAACUGGAAGCUCCGCUCAUGUUACCUUUUCGAGGAGGUUCUCACUCCAGGUUGUGUCUGUUUCAUGUAUAUCCUCGGGAGAGGCUACAGAGGUCUGUUCCAGGACGCGGAUCUCCUGAGAUUUGUACCAAACCAGGCCUGUGGUGGUGGAAGUAUGGCGAUCUUAGACUCUCUGGAUACUGACUUGCCUCUUGCUUCAAGUAUGCAGAGGCCUGAUAGUGGUGGCAAGCAGGGGGAGACCAAGGCUGACCGCAGUGGGAUUGUUUGGGAUUUGGACCGGUUAGGGAACCUCUCAUUGCAGCUCUCAGGGAAGAAACUUAUCUUCACAUUUGAUGCGACUUGUGCAGAAGCUGUGCGGACAUCAGGGUCCAUGUCCAUGCUUAAUCUCGUUGAUCCUAUGUCAGCUGCUGCUUCUCCAAUCGGUGGUAUACCACGUUUUGGGAGGCUACAUGGAGACAUUUACAUCUGCAGGAAAUGUGUAUUUGGUGACACGGUUCGUCCCAUUGGUGGCAUUGCCGUAAUACUGGCACUAAUCGAAGCAGCUGAAUCUCGCGACAUGCUUCAUAUGGCUAUCACUUUAUUAGCCAGUGCACUUCAUCAGAAUCCUCAAAAUCUGAGUGAUAUGCAAGCCUGUAGGGGAUAUCACUUGUUAGCUCUCUUUUUGCGCCGGAGAAUGUCUCUAUUUGAGAUGCAAACCCUGGAGAUCUUCUUCCAAAUAGCUGCAUGUGAAGCUUCGUUCUCUAACCCGAAAAAGUUGGAACAUGCUCGAACUAGAGUGUCACCUGGAGCAAUUAUUCAAGAGCCUAAUUCAAAUUUCGAGGAUCUCAACCUGUCGAAGUUCAGGGAUGAGAUGUCCUCUUUUGGCUCUCAUGGAGAUAUGGAUGAUUUCUCUGCACAGAAGGACUCGUUCAGCCACAUAUCAGAGUUGGAAAAUGCUGAAAUACCAGCAGAAACCUCAAAUUGCAUUGUCCUGUCUAAUUCUGACAUGGUUGAGCAUGUCUUGUUGGACUGGACGCUGUGGGUCACAGCUCCUGUUUCACAUCAGAUCGCUUUGUUGGUGUUUCUUGAGCAUUUAGUCUCCAUGCACUGGUACCGGAAUCAUAACCUUACGACUCUGCGCCGACUGAACUUGGUCCAGCACUUGUUGGUGACUCUUCAACGAGGUGAUGUAGAAGUACCGGUCUUGGAGAAAUUGGUCGUGUUGCUUGGUGUCAUUUUAGAGGAUGGCUUUUUAUCUUCUGAGCUUGACCAUGUAGUUACCUUCGUAAUCAUGACAUUCGAUCCGCCCGAGUUGACACCGCGCCGGCAAAUUGUGAGAGAGUCGAUGGGGAAACAUGUAAUAGUGAGGAAUAUGCUACUCGAGAUGCUCAUUGACUUACAAGUCACGAUAAAAUCAGAAGAGUUGCUUGAACAGUGGCAUAAGAUUGUGUCUUCCAAGUUGAUCACAUAUUUUCUUGAUGAAGCCGUCCAUCCUACUAGCAUGAGGUGGAUCAUGACUUUGCUUGGUGUCUGUCUUGCAUCUUCUCCCACAUUUGCUCUGAAGUUCCGAACUAGUGGAGGUUAUCAGGGUUUGGCACGGGUUCUCCAAAGCUUCUAUGAUUCACCUGAUAUAUAUUAUAUUUUGUUCUGUCUAAUUUUUGGCAAGCCUGUCUAUCCAAGACUCCCUGAAGUCCGUAUGCUCGACUUUCAUGCUCUUAUCCCAAGUCAUGGGAGUUACAUGGAAUUGAAAUUUGUGGAGCUUCUUGAAUCAGUCAUAGCUAUGGCAAAAGCGACAUUUGACAGGCUGAGUAUGCAAUCGAUGCUUGCCCAUCAGACAGGCAACCUCUCACAAGUUGGCGCUGGGCUUGUGGCAGAACUUUUUGAGGGAAAUGCAGAUAUGGCCGGAGACCUUCAGGGUGAGGCUCUUAUGCACAAGACAUAUGCUGCUCGGUUAAUGGGUGGUGAGGCAUCAGCUCCUGCUGCCGCGACCUCUGUCCUGAGAUUCAUGGUUGACUUGGCGAAGAUGUGCCCUCCCUUUUCUGCUGUGUGCCGACGGACUGAAUUUCUUGAGAGCUGUGUUGACCUUUACUUCUCUUGCGUCAGAGCUGCAUGUGCAGUGAAAAUGGCAAAGGAACUCUCUUUCAAAACAGAGGAGAAGAAUUUGAAUGACGCUGAUGAUACCAACAGCUCGCAGAACACGUUUUCAAGCUUGCCUCAUGAACAUGAGCAGUCUGCUAAAACCUCUAUAAGUGUUGGAAGCUUUCCUCCUGUGCAAGUGAGUUCCAGCUCUGAAGAAAUUCAAGUGCCUUCGAAUUACAUAUCUGGAGAUAAUGGUGAGAUGAAAAUUUCAUCAAAGUCGCAGCAAGAUUUGAACAAAUCGAGGCAUGAAGAUGACCCAGCUGUUCAAAGCUAUGAUGGUGAGAAUGUGGAUCCUGCGACACCAACUUCCAGCAUGAAUGGUUCAAGCUUCCACAAUGUUAAAUCUGUCCAAUUAAAGAUUCAACCCCCCGAUAAUCAGAGCACCGCUUCACAGACUAUGCUUGGUUCACCUAGCUUAUCUGAAAAAUCAAACUUCAAGAUUCAGUUGACUCCUAGUUCUCCAGUUAUUGCGCUAACCUCUUGGUUGGGAAGUGCAAGCCACAAUGAGUCUAAAACUCCUCCAGUCAGUACAUUUUCCAUGGAGUCCUCUUCCUUCUCAGCUAGUGAGUUUGAUCCAUCUUCUGAAUUCAAAUUGAGUUCUCAGGGCUCAACUCCUCCAACGAAUACAAUAUUCUCUGUUAGCCCGAAGAUUCUCUUUGACAUUGAUGAUUCAGGAUAUGGUGGUGGCCCGUGCUCUGCUGGGGCUACUGCUGUCUUAGAUUUCACAGCGGAAGUUCUCUCUGAUUUCAUGACUGAGCAGAUAAAAGGCGCACAGAUCGUGGAGAGUAUGGUUGAGAAUGUUCCUCUUUAUGUUGAUUCUGAGUCAGUUCUAGUCUUUCAGGGUCUUUGUCUCAGCAGGCUUAUGAUAUUCCUCGAGAGGAGACUUAUUAGAGACGAUGAGGAGGAUGAUAAGAAGCUAGACAAGGCCCGAUGGUCUUCAAACUUGGAUGCACUAUGUUGGAUUAUUGUGGAUAGGGUCUACAUGGGUGCAUUCCCUCAGCCUGCAGGUGUCCUGAAAACCCUUGAAUUUCUGCUGUCCAUGCUCCAGUUGGCAAACAAAGACGGGCGUAUUGAAGAAGCUGCUCCCACAGGAAAAGGGCUCUUAUCAAUCGCAAGGGGGAGUAAGCAGCUGGAGGCUUACAUACACUCGAUUCUCAAGAACACAAACCGCAUGAUAAUGUAUUGUUUCUUGCCUUCAUUCUUGGUUUCCUUGGGAGAGGAAGAUCUACUCUCUCGGUUAGGUCUGCUUGCCGAACCCAAGAAGAGGUCACCUUCAAUAUUUUCAGAAGAAGAUUCAGGAUUCAAUAUCUGCACGGUAUUGCAGUUACUUGUUGCACAUAGGCAAAUCAUCUUCUGCCCCAGCAAUGUUGACACCGAUUUGAAUUGCUGCCUCUGUGUGAAUUUAAUCUCAUUUCUUCGUGAUGAGAGGAGGAAUGUGCAAAAUAUGGCUGUUGAUGUGAUUAAGUACCUUCUAGUUCAUAGGAGGGCAGCGCUAGAGGACAUGCUCGUCUCUAAACCAAACCAGGGGCUGCAUGUGGAUGUUCUACAUGGUGGUUUUGAUAAAUUACUGACUGGAAGUUUAUCUGCAUUCUUUGAGUGGCUUCAGGGUUCGGAACAGUUGGUCAGCAAAGUCUUGGAGCAGUGUGCUGCGAUUAUGUGGGUUCAGUAUAUUGCUGGAUCAGCAAAAUUUCCUGGUGUGAGAAUAAAAGGCAUGGAGGGACGUAGGAAGAAGGAAAUGGGAAGAAGAAAUCGAGAAACUUCUAGGCUUGAUGUUAGGCACUGGGAGCAAAUAAAUGAGAGGAGAUAUGCCCUGGAAUUGGUCCGUGAUCAGAUGUCCACUGAGCUGAGAGUCGUUCGUCAAGACAAGUACGGGUGGAUCCUCCAUGCAGAGAGUGAGUGGCAAAACCACCUGCUGGAACUUGUUCAUGAGCGAGGAAUUCUUCCCAUGCGGAAAUUGUCCAAUGGAGAAGAUCCAGAGUGGCAGCUCUGUCCAAUUGAGGGCCCUUACCGUAUGCGGAAGAAGCUUGAGCGUUGCAAGUUGAAGAUUGACAGCAUUCAGAAUGUUUUAAAUGGUGAAUUUGAACUGGGAGAAGCAGAGGUCUUGAAAUCCAAGAAUGAGACUGGUCCGAGCCCGUCCGAUUCUGAUUCAGAAAAGUACUUUCACCAGCUGGUGGACUCUGAGAAACAGGAAGAUGUUCAUGGGGAACUAUACGAGAACUCUUUCAUGAGGGAAUCUGAAGCUACAGAUGAUGCCAAAGAGACAGGAUCUGUGGGGAAUGAGUGGAAUGAUGACAGGGCUAGCAGCAUGAAUGAAGGCAGCCUUCAUUCUGCACUUGAGUUCACGGGAAAGUCAAGUACGGUAUCUGUUCCAGUAACGGAAAGUAAUAAUGGAAGGUCUGAGUUAGGGUCUCCUAGACAAUCUUCUUCCAACAAAGUCGAUGAUGCCAAAGUUUCUGAGGAUAAGUCGGAGAAGGAACUGAAUGACAAUGGUGAAUACCUAAUCAGACCUUACCUGGAACCCCUUGAGAAGAUACGGUGCAAGUAUAACUGUGAACGGGUUGUGGGUCUUGAUAAACAUGAUGGGAUUUUUCUCAUAGGUGAACUCUGUUUAUACGUGAUUGAGAAUUUUUACAUCGAUGAAUCAGGGUGCAUCUGUGAGAAGGAAUGUGAGGAUGAACUCUCUGUGAUCGAUCAGGCUUUGGGAGUAAAAAAGGAUGUUACUGGAAGUAUGGACUUUCAGUCCAAGUCAACGUCAUCAUGGACCCCCGGUGUUAAGUCUUUGGUUGGUGGAAGGGCCUGGGCUUAUAAUGGUGGUGCAUGGGGUAAGGAGAGGGUCUGUAGUAGUGGAAAUCUCCCUCAUCCCUGGCGCAUGUGGAAGCUUAAUAGUGUUCAUGAGAUUUUGAAGCGGGACUACCAGUUGCGACCAGUUGCUAUUGAAAUAUUCAGCAUGGACGGAAAUAAUGACCUCCUUGUUUUCCACAAGAGAGAGAGGGAAGAAGUGUUCAAGAACAUGGUUGCCCUGAAUCUUCCCAGGAAUAGCAUGUUGGACACAACCAUCUCGGGAUCAGCAAAGCAGGAAAGCAGUGAAGGUGGCAGGCUUUUCAAGUUGAUGGCGAAAUCCUUCUCCAAAAGGUGGCAAAAUGGAGAAAUCAGCAACUUCCAGUACCUGAUGCAUCUAAAUACCUUAGCAGGGAGGGGAUACAGUGAUCUUACGCAAUAUCCAGUAUUUCCCUGGGUGCUUGCAGAUUAUGAGAGUGAAAACCUGGACUUGUCUGACCCAGAGACAUUCCGUAGGCUUGACAAGCCAAUGGGUUGCCAAACACCAGAAGGAGAAGAAGAGUUUAGAAAAAGAUACGAGAGCUGGGAUGAUCCUGAAGUUCCUAAAUUUCAUUAUGGUUCUCACUAUUCAAGUGCUGGGAUCGUUCUAUUUUACCUGCUUCGUCUUCCACCAUUCAGUGCAGAGAAUCAGAAGCUACAGGGCGGUCAAUUUGACCAUGCUGAUCGUCUUUUUAACAGUAUAAAAGAUACUUGGCUAAGUGCAGCUGGGAAGGGCAACACGUCUGAUGUGAAGGAACUUAUCCCGGAAUUCUUUUACAUGCCUGAAUUCCUAGAAAACAGGUUCAACCUUGAUUUGGGAGUGAAACAAUCUGGAGAACAGGUGACUGAUGUAUACCUGCCUCCAUGGGCCAAAGGAAGUGCGAUGGAAUUCAUUAGGAAGCACCGAGAAGCACUUGAAUCCGAUUAUGUUUCAGAAAAUCUUCACCACUGGAUAGACCUAAUCUUUGGGUACAAGCAGAGAGGAAAGGCUGCUGAGGAAGCUGUGAAUGUGUUCUACCAUUACACCUACGAGGGGAGCGUUGACAUUGACUCAGUCACUGACCCUGCGAUGAAAGCCUCCAUCCUCGCCCAGAUCAACCACUUUGGGCAGACUCCUAAGCAGCUGUUCCAGAAGCCCCACGUGAAGAGAAGAAUUGACAGGAAGCUUCCCCAGCACCCACUUAAGAACUCCGCACAUCUCAUCCCUCGUGAAGUCCGCAAGAUUUCAUCUCCAGUCACCCAGAUUGUCAGCUCCCAUGACAAGAUCCUUGUUGCAGGAGGAAACACAUUACUCAAACCGACAACUUACUCAAAGUACGUAGCGUGGGGAUUCCCAGACCGUAGCCUGCGGUUCAUGAGCUAUGACCAGGACCGUCUCCUCUCUACCCAUGAGAACCUCCAUGGAGGGAACCAAAUUCAAUGUGCCAGUGCCAGCCUCGAUGGGCAAAUUCUUGUCACUGGGGCUGAUGAUGGCCUAGUCUGUGCGUGGAGAGUUGGGAAGGAAGGGCCUCGUCUGUCCCGGCAGUUGAAACUGGAGAAGUCCCUCUGUGCCCACACAGGGAAGGUGACGUGCCUCCACGUGAGCCAGCCCUACAUGCUGAUUGCCAGUGGGUCAGAUGACUGCACUGUAAUCAUUUGGGAUCUCAGCACACUAAGCUUCGUCAGGCAAUUGCCUGAGUUCCCAUCUCCUGUCUCAGCGAUCUAUGUAAAUGACCUCACUGGGGAGAUUCUCACUGCAGCGGGAGUAUUACUCGCUGUUUGGAGCAUCAAUGGAGACUGUCUGGCAGCAGUCAACACUUCUCAGCUGCCGUCCGAUUAUAUCCUGUCCGUGACGAGCUGUACAUUUUCGGAUUGGCAGGACACAAACUGGUAUGUGACAGGGCACCAGAGUGGGGCCGUUAAGGUGUGGCAGAUGAUCCAUUGCUCGGAUGUUGAGAUUGAGCUGCAGGGGAAGAGCUCGAGCAGUUACAGAGCUGGUGUUAUAUCUUUUGGUGAUCGGGCACCCGAAUACAGGUUAGUCCUGCGUAGGGUCCUCAAGUCCCAUAAGCAUCCCGUGACUGCUCUCUUCCUCACGAGUGACCUGAAGCAGCUGUUGAGUGGGGAUUCGGGUGGGCAGUUGCUGUCUUGGACUAUUCCUGAUGAGAGCACAAGAGGUUCAUUCAACUGGGGGUAAUGUGAGGGAACCGACCUUUGAGUUUUGAUCAUUUUGGUAGCGGCAGAUCUUGAUUCUUCUCGCUGCUACCCAGUCCGGGUUCUGAAAGACUGCCUUGCUCCCCAUAGAAAGAGAAAAAGGGGAAUUAAGGCAAAACUGGCUUGGAGGAGUUACAUGGAAACAGGAUCAGGAAGGGCAGAGAUUGCUUAAUGCUCAGAAGCUUCUCUUGACGUUCGACUUACAACUGAUAUAGCUGGGGCGAGAACAGCAGAUAAGGAUGGGUUGGACAUUCGACUGUGUCCACAAGAAAGACAGAAUCGUCAAAAAAUGGUGGUGUUAUUAUUAAGCAAGGAAGUGCAGGGAUGUUUCCGGUUUUGCAGGUGAACAUCCGCCGAGAAUGUUUUAUGUGAUUUGAUUUUGUUGGUUCUUAUUUUCCGGUGUACAUAGGGAUAGACGUUUUCUUUUCCACCCAAUUCGGUCGGUGAAAUGUUGUAUAGGAGAAAAGGUAGUGUGCCAUAUGCAGAGGACUCUUCUUGAUUAAAAACGAUAUCAUUGAAAUAUUUAACAUUUGAGAGGAGAUGAUGAUGAGUAGUAAAUCUGUUGUCUGCUC